UCAAACCGCCCCAAACGCUCCCACGCAAAGCCCAAAGGUCUCCACCGAACCAACCGAUGGACCCACCACCUCCGCCACCGUCAUCUACCGCCACAGACUCUCUCCCCACCACCCCACCCAAAAUCCGACUUAUGUGCAGCUAUGGUGGCCACAUAGUUCCCCGUCCACAAAACAAGUCCCUCUUUUACGCCGGCGGAGAAACCCGAAUAGUCGCUCUGGACCGCCGCACGGUCUGCUCAUCCAUUUCCGCCCUCACCACCCACCUCUCCCGGACCCUCUUCGGCAACCGCCCGUUUCAUCUGAAGUACCAGCUCCCAAACGAGGACCUCGAUUCACUCAUCUCCGUCACCACUGAUGACGACCUCCAGAAUAUGCUGGAAGAGCACGACCGCAUCUCCGCCGUUACGUCCCCUACACCAUCCCGCGUCAGAUUAUUUAUCUUCCCCAUAAAGCCAGAGUCUCUGGGUUCAGCGCUUCUUGAUCCGAAAGCUGACUCGUGGUUUUCUGAUGCUCUGAAUAACACGGGGAUUGUUCAGAGGGGUCAGUCUGUUGAUGCUGCUGGAUUGGGUCAGGGACUAAUGGGUUUGGAUAUUUUGGGUAGAUCGGAUUGUAAUGCGGCCUUGGAGAAUCCAGCUGAAAGCAUGAGUAAUAAUGGUGCUGAGGCUAAGGAAAUCAGUGGGGCUGUGCCGGAAUCGUUGGUAUUAGAGACUAGCUCGUCCUUUGGGUCAACUAGUUCUUCAAUUUCAAUGUCAAAUGCGCCGGCUGUUGGGAUCCAUUGUGAGGACGGGAGCGUCAGUUUGUUCGAGAGGAAGCUCAGAGUACCAUCCUCAGCCUCAAUUGAAAGUGAUACUAGUGUUGGAAGUGCUGGUAUCCAACCAAAAGCGGGGAUACACCAAGAGCCAUAUGUUCAAGUUGCUUCGGGAGUGUCCUCAUACUCAGUAGAAACAGAAAAUUAUCCUCCUGACCCUCAAUCUGUGAUCCAAAUGCAGAAAAAUGUUCAGCUGGCUGGUUACCAAUUAUCUCAGCAAUCAGAAGGGAAGCACCACCAGUAUGAAGUCCAGUACGUUCAAGGAGAUAUGCGCUACAUGCCUCAGUAUCAAGCUGGCCCAUCACCACUUCAGUCUUACUAUCCAUUAUAUCAAAUGCCUAUGCUCCAGCAGCUGCAUAGUUCUUAUGCAGUAAACCAACCCUAUCCAAUUUACCUGGUGCCUCUGAGGCCAAAUCAGAAUUAUGGGGUGUCGGUGGAGAAUACAAAUGUUGCCUCAAGUCGGCCACCAUUACAUCCACAAGCUGUCAUGAUCCCUCCAGUGACUUAUAAAGAGGCCACAACUGGUCAACCAGUGCCUGAAUCAGCUUUAAAGUUUUAUCAGACUGUUCCGCAAGCCACACCUGCAGUCAGUGCACCUACUACACAAGGUAAGCAGCAAUUUAUGGAGCUUCCUGAGCUGCAGCAUCCUUCGCAAACAGUUGUCAGCGCUCCAGUGGCAACCUCUAAUUAUGCUAACGAAUUUGAUGAUGAUGUUGCAUACACUCAGAUAUAUAAAACGCAGCCAUCAGGUUCUGCCUUGCCGUUGCCAUACCAAACGUUGAUGAAGGGAGUAAAUUUGAUGACGUCAGAGUCAUCAUCAACACAGGAAAACAUGGGCAUCAAGCAUCAGACGCCGUCACAUCCUCAAUGAGGCUCUCGUCUUAGAACAGGAAAAUUUUGAUAGGGGGUAAAUUUUCAUAUCAGGUAUAGUCUUUCAUUGUGAUUGGUUUUGGGGUUAGAAUAAACCGUAUUUUGUGUCAUUUGUUGAUUGUUUAUUUAUUUAUUUUCCGCAGACUGCUUUUUUUUUUUUUGGGUGGCUGUAUUAUCUGUUAAUGGAUUUCAAGUUAUGAGUGUGGGAAAAUCUGUAAAAACUAGAGUUUUUUUCUUGCCAAUUGCGAUCUGAAACUAGAGUUUUUUUCUUGCAUCUAUUUU